ACAGUUCUAAACUGUCUUCUGCUGUGUGGCAGAGAGCAACUUCUCAGCAGACUGGGGUGUGGCGGCUUUGAGAACACUGAACGAAAUCAGAGACCGUUCAACGUUAGCUGCCUAACGGCGCAUAUUAUUCAAAACCAUCGGCGAUCACUGAAAGGACUAACGUUAACCGAGGAAAACACCGGGAUUUUUGCAUUUUCUGAUUCAUUCAGUUUCGCCGAGUUGUCUUAUCGAUCGGCUUCCUUUUAUAUACAUGAGCACAAGGGGUUGAUCUCAACUUUUUUUGCUAACUUUUUUUUUGGAUAUGUGGAUAUAAGUUUUUUUUCCCUCCCUAUUCGCGUGAUGUAAAACUCCAGCGUCUGGCUACUUGGUUUCUCCUGGGAGCCUUAAACGUCAACAAUUUCCAGGUGUUGCUCUGAUCUCAGUCAAAUAUAACGUUAUAAAUUAUAUCUUUCUCCCAACCCCCCAGACGUCUUUUGAAAGAUUAUUCGGGCGCAUAAAAACAUCAGUUUUGGAUCUACUAGUGUCUUAAGGACAUUUCCUUUCCCUGGCAGUUUUUUUUUCAAAGCCAAAAGAGGAAGUUAGUCACGGAAGACUAUUUAAAAAACACAGUCGCUUUAAAAGGGUAAUACCUUUUAUUUUUUUCUCCUAAAUCUAUACUCAUAAAUCCGUAGCCCUGAAGCGCGCAUUCGGAACCAUGGGCUGUACCGUGAGCCAGGAAGAUAAAGCCGCGGCCGAGCGAUCCAAAAUGAUUGACAGGAAUCUGCGCGAGGACGGCGAGAAAGCCGCCAAAGAAGUGAAGCUGCUGCUGUUGGGUGCUGGAGAAUCGGGGAAGAGCACCAUCGUAAAACAGAUGAAGAUUAUCCAUGAGGAUGGCUACUCGGAGGAAGAGUGCAAGCAGUAUCGAGCGGUGGUCUACAGUAACACCAUCCAGUCCAUCAUGGCCAUCAUUAAAGCCAUGAGCAACCUCAAGAUUGAAUAUGACGACAGUGGCAGAGCGGAUGAUGCCCGUCAGUUGUUUGCCCUGUCCGGGGCGGCAGAAGAACAGGGCAUUCUGCCUGAUGACCUGUCAAAUGUCAUCACCAGACUGUGGGCUGAUGGAGGGGUACAGAGCUGCUUCACCCGUGCCAGAGAGUACCAGCUCAACGACUCCGCUGCAUAUUAUCUGAAUGACAUGGAGAGGAUAGCCAAAGCAGACUACAUCCCAACCCAGCAGGACGUCCUGAGGACCAGAGUGAAGACCACUGGCAUCGUAGAGACACAUUUCACCUUCAAAGACCUACACUUCAAGAUGUUUGAUGUCGGCGGCCAGCGUUCAGAGAGGAAGAAGUGGAUCCACUGUUUCGAAGGUGUGACGGCCAUUAUCUUCUGUGUGGCCAUGAGUGCGUACGACCUGGUGCUGGCUGAGGAUGAAGAAAUGAAUCGAAUGCACGAGAGCAUGAAGCUCUUCGACAGCAUCUGCAACAACAAGUGGUUCACCGAGACCUCCAUCAUUCUCUUCCUCAACAAGAAAGACCUGUUUGAGCAGAAGAUCAUACACAGCCCCUUGACCAUCUGCUUCCCUGAGUAUGCAGGUGCCAACAACUACGACGAGGCCGCCGAGUACAUCCGCAGCAAGUUCGAGGACCUGAACAAGAAGAAAGAAACCAAGGAGAUUUACCCUCACUUCACCUGUGCCACAGACACCAAGAACGUGCAGUUCGUUUUCGACGCUGUCACCGACGUCAUCAUCAAAAACAACCUGAAGGAUUGUGGGCUCUUCUAGAGCACAAAAACAGGAAGGUGAGUCGAGGUAAGAAAUGCACAAAAACCAGUGUCCUGUCUUGUUAUACUACUUUGCUUGGCAUUCUAACUUAUUUCUCUUCCUCUUUUAGAUUACUUGAAACAGUUUUGAUGACCAGAGGAAGCAGGGGUGGAAUACGUCCCGGGCAUCUGCUCUGGCCAACCACGACGACUGAUUGCUCAGAGGAGCCCGACACAAUUUCAAUGAUUGCCAACAACCUUAGCCUCUGUCCUCCCUCCCUCCGGACACCGUCCCAUCAUUGUGUUUGACAUUUAAUAUCUGUAUUAAUAACUCCUUGGGCUACGACACAAAUCGCCAACUGUUGUAUUAUCCAUUGUCCAUUUGUGUUGUUUAUUUUCUCUCCUUUUGUUCAUUUUUUUUUCCUUCCCCUCCCGAGUAAUAGCAGAGGCAACAAAAUGUUUUAUAUGAUACUUUCAUUUUACUCUAGGGAAUAUGAUUUGCAAAUUUUAUUCAACUUUUAAUUGCAUAAUGCUUAUUUUUUAAACUACCAGCAGGCAUUGGAUAUAGAGUAUGAUUGAAAAAGGAAAGCGCUUUUUUUAUGAUGUUUACAUGACGUCCUUGUUGAUAGCAAAAUGGAAAGUUUUCCUGCAUGAUAGAAGAUAGCAAAUAUAUCAAUACAAGUAAUCAGUUCACAUCAGCGUAACAUUCCUUUUUAAAAUUAAAUUAAAAAAAAGUACAAAAACAACAAAAAACUUUUAAAAAAGCACAAAAAAAGCUUCACAAAUGGAGAAAGAACUGCUAAAAUGUAACUGAUAUUUAAAGUAUGUACGUAACAGUAUCUAACAAUCUUUUUCCUUCUUUUCUAUCUUCUCAUUCCUCUUUCUAGCAUUCUGUUUGUGCCUUGACUUCCGUUUACAAUGGACUUUAUUCUGUCCCCCAGUUGUCCUACUGUACGUAAACAUUUCUGCUCCAGAAAUUUCACACCAUGUAAGAAUAAAUAGUGAUUAAUAAUGGAAAUCUAAUUGAGAAAAAGGGUAGUGUUUUUUUGUUUUGUUUUUUGU